GGAGGAGGACAAUCGCCGUUCAUGCGCUCGAUGCAUUGUACCUAUUUCCCCGGCCGAUGCUCACGUGCUGGUUUUUGUCCUAUGCGCGAAUACUUCGAUUUAAACAUUUUUUAGACAGUGUUUGAAUCUGUUGUAUCGAAUUUUAAGUCAGGGUUGACCAGUGGCUUUGCACUGGACCUUUAUUGAAUCGACUCAUCUUUUUAUGCCUGAUCCAUUUGGAUUCAGAGUGGGUGUUGUCACAGGACAAUGAUCGAGAGACCCGACUCGGCUGUUUCCAGCGUUGCACAGAGGAAUCUGGAGGGUUAUGUCGGCUUCGCCAACCUCCCCAACCAGGUGUACAGGAAGUCUGUGAAGAGGGGCUUUGAGUUCACGCUUAUGGUUGUCGGUGAAUCCGGAUUGGGAAAAUCCACGCUGAUCAACUCCCUCUUUCUGACGGACCUGUACUCCAAAGACUACCCCGGCCCAUCUCAAAGGAUCAAGAAGACUGUUCAGGUGGAACAGUCCAAAGUGCUGAUAAAGGAGGGGGGUGUACAGCUCACACUCACUAUUGUUGACACACCAGGCUUUGGGGAUGCUGUGGAUAACAGUAACUGUUGGCAGCCUGUCAUCAACUACAUCGACAGUAAAUUUGAAGACUUCCUCAAUGCAGAAUCGCGAGUUAACAGGAGGCAAAUGCCUGACAACCGGGUGCACUGCUGCUUGUACUUCAUCGCCCCCUCUGGCCACGGAUUGAAGCCUCUGGAUAUUGAGUUCAUGAAGCGUCUACAUGACAAAGUCAACGUCAUCCCUCUCAUCGCCAAAGCCGACACUCUCACACCAGAGGAAUGCCAGCUGUUCAAGAAACAGAUUAUGAAGGAGAUCCAGGAGCACAAAAUCAAGAUCUACGAGUUUCCCGACACAGAAGACGAUGAAGACAGUAAACUCAUCCGCAAGAUAAAGGAAAAGAUGCCUCUGGCCGUGGUCGGUAGCAACGUGGUGAUCGAAGUGAAUGGCAGGAAGGUCAGAGGUCGCCAGUACCCCUGGGGCGUGGCAGAAGAGGGCAUUAUUGUGGAGAACGGUGAGCACUGUGACUUCACAGUCCUGAGGAAUAUGCUUAUCAGGACUCACAUGCAGGACCUGAAGGACGUGACGAAUAACGUUCACUACGAAAACUACCGCAGCAAGAAACUUGCAGCCGUCACCUGCAAUGGGGUCGACGCCACCAAGAACAAGGGCCAACUGACUAAGAGUCCCCUGGCCCAGAUGGAGGAAGAGAGGAGAGAACAUGUGAUGAAGAUGAAGAAAAUGGAGACCGAAAUGGAGCAGGUGUUUGAAAUGAAGGUCAAAGAGAAGAAGCAAAAACUGAAGGACUCUGAAGCAGAGCUGGAGCGGCGUCAUGAGCAGAUGAAGAAGAAUCUAGAAGCUCAGUAUAAAGAACUAGAAGAGAAGAGACGCCAGUUUGAGGAGGAAAAAGUCAACUGGGAGACUCAGCAACGCAUCCUGGAGCAACAGAAGCUGGACGCAUCAAAGACAAUGGAAAAGAACAAGAAAAAAGGAAAAAUCUUUUAAAGAUGCCAAGAAGCUCCGUUCCUCCUCAAACCAGAAACUUUUUUUUUUUUGCAGCUGUUGAUGCAUUCAUGUGCCGUGACCCCCAAGAAUCACACACACACACACA